AUUCACCCCCACGCUGUCGAAAAUUGCACCAUGCCGCCGCCCCCGUCAGAGGUGGUGCGGCAUCGGGUGCUGCCAGAGGUGGUGGUUGGGUCGGCGGAGGUGGAGGGGGCGAUCGUCCGCACCAAGGCCCCGUUGCUUCCGACGUCGGCGGCGGCACCGCGUCCCGAUCGUGUCUACCACCCCAAGCACGCGUUGAACCACAACACCAAGCUCGGAUUGGCUUGUUUGGCCAAACUCAAGCCCAUCUUCUCGAAGCACGCGCACAAAGCCAAAGAGCAGGCGGUCAAGAUCACGGCGCCGCAGCUGCGCCUGCCCAUCCACGAGCCCGAGCACGUGCAGAUGCUGCUGCGGACGCGCGAUGUCAAGCUCGCGUCGCUCAAGACUCCCAACCACCAGUGGCUCGCUGUUGUUGACGACAUGGCCAAGUUUAUGGUAUAGAUACAUAUAAUUAUAUAUAUUGCGAUGACUACUGUACAGUACUAGUAGUACCCAAGUUUGAACCUCGAAGGACACGACUUGAGUACGAGUAACUUGGAGGCGAUCGUACACACGACGAGAUUGCAGUGGCAAGUGCAACCUCAGUAUCAAAACCCCAUGGACCCCAAAUCUGGACACGAACGCAUGUCCGACGAGGACCGCGUCAAGCACGAUUUCGACCAAAAGCUCCAAGUGGCCGAGAAAAUGCUACGGCUCCCGCUGACGACCCCACCGACAGUCCAAGAUAUGGACGAGUCGAACAGCGACAGCGACGACGGGGGUGGAAGGGGGAAGACCGAAUCGCUGACCAAGAUGUCGUCGCCGACCAAAGCGCUCGUACUCAAAUCCCUCUCCACUCGAAAGAAACUCAAGACGCUGGCCAAGUACACGUCCGAGACCGCCAAAACCGAGAAAUACGCCAACAAGACGGACAUGCUAGCCAAGUGGUCCAAACUCCAGGCAAGUCGGGGCCACGAAACCCAUCCAGAGCUGGCGCAUCGACGUGCGCAGCAGACGAGUCGGCGGAGAAACGAGCGAAAGCACGCAGCCACGUCAUCGUUCCCAGGAUUCAACGAACUGUCCCCGCGGAGUCUGUACUUUGAAGAGUGCACGGCCGCCAACAUCCUCCCCGAGCCGCUCCUGUCGCGCAUCACGGCGGACCGGCGCCUGGAGUUGAGUCACUUUGGGCUCGGUGAUACCAAAGCCAUUGUACUAUCCAAAAGUUUGGCCCUGAUGCCCGACAUUCAAGCCCUCAACCUCACCGCGAACCGACUCACCCAUGCCGGCAUUGCAACCGUCGUGCAACACCUCAGCGGUCGCGUGGAAUUGCAUUCGCUCAACCUGAGUGAGAACGAGAUUGGCGAAGCCGGGUGUGCGUCGAUGGCGGACUUCAUAUUUUCGGCACCGAACUUGACACAUUUGGACUUGUCGCAGACGAAGCUCGUCGACUCAUUCGAGUCGCUGGCCAACGAAAUCGCCAUCCAUCCGCAUUUGCUGUCAGUUAACUUGACAAACAACGAGAUUGGCGACGGCGGCGGGCAGCUGCUGGGCGCGACGCUGGCCGCCGCCACGUGUACGAUCCAAGACCUGAACCUGUCGUGGAACCAAAUCUGCCACAGUGGCGCCACAGCCAUCGGCCACGCGCUGCAGACGAACCGGUCGGUUCAGCACUUGAACUUGUCCAUGAACCGAUUCGGCGACGACGGCGGCCAUCAGAUCGCGGCGGCGCUCCUCGUCAACACGACCCUGCGCACGAUGGACUUGACCCGCAACAACCUAACGGGGUCCACCGCUGUGACCUUGAGCUACGCGAUUGAGCACAACCCGAAAGCGAAGCUGUACAACAUGGUUCUGGUCGACAACCCGCUCGGAUGUACGGGCACGAAGGCGCUGCUGCGAUCGGUGGCCAGGGGCUGUCGCUGCAACGUCCGGCUGUCGUUUUACGACGGCGAAGACGCCAACAAAGCAGCUACGGUGCGCCGUGUGUUUGACUCGAGCUUUCCCGCCGCGCAGUCGCCGUACGAGCUGCACCUCCACACGUCCCCGUACGACUAUGUGAUUGCAUGCGAGGUGGUCGCGGCGGCGGUGGCGCGGCGGUGCGAGCUAUUUGACGUGUCGUUUGAACCGGCGACCGAUGAAGUUGACCUUGAGCACCAUGCGAAGAAGCAUGCCGUGCAACAACCGCUCGAGUUCUCGGACCAGGUGCAAGGACUCGUGGAAAAAGGCUCGACCAAGCUGUUCCACCUGCGGCGGCGCGGCAUCCUGCGCAUCUCGGCGCGAUACGUGCCAUGGCGCAUUCAGCUCACGAACGACGUCACCCCCGACGGAUUGCGCAAUGUCAUCAAAAUCAUCCGAGAUCGCAUCUCCACCCGCGAAAUGUGUUCCAUGCUGGAGGUGGCGACGACGGACCUGUUUCUCCAUAUUCGAGACGUCGACUUGUUUGUAAAUGGACUCCUGGGGUCCAUCGAUGUUGUCGACGUCGUUGCUAGGACACUGCCUUGUAUCGUGGACGGCACGCAGACGCUUCCGUUUCUGCUGCGGCACUUGAGCUUUAGCGAUCAAAAUCGCCUCAUGUCGUCGCAUGGGGUGCAAGUGUUGCAGUUCAAUCCGCUGAAUCCGACGGGGAAAUGGACGUUGGACAUGUGCGAUCGCAUCCAUCGCAAGCUGGCCGUGUGGUUCUCCAUGAUCAACCGCGAUGAGGCUGCCGAGAGCGCGCGGCGGGUCGCGUAUCGCGGCAACACGAGUCAGCGCGGCACGUAUGCCAACUUUCGCAACGAAAAGUUCAACGGCAAAGCCAUCGAGCUCACGGACCGCUUCUUCGACGGGUUGCCGGCGAAAGGGAUCUUGGAAUUUGAUUAUGUCAGCACGCGGCGCCCCGAAGAUAAUGUCGAAAACGGCGCCCCGACACCGGUGCUCCUCGAAGUUGAAGUGAACGCAUUGCUGCAAACAAUCGGCGCCGAGCUCUGGUCCGAGUACGUCCCCCAGCACAAGCGGUAUGACCUGAAGCGGCAAGUGGUACUGCUGCAACAUGCUCUCAGCGGUCUAUACAUCACGGCGGAGCAUGUGCGCAUGCUCAUGCAGUACUUCCCCAAGAGCAUAGACAACCUCCGACUCAAGGCAGUGUUUGCCGCCCACCGAUCCAUCCUUGACAUGGAGAACUUUGAAGGCGUGUAUGAGAAGCUCCUCCCCGGCGAUCGAAAAGCAGUCUGUCCUCCUUCGCUGUUGUCCUCUAGUCAUGAUCAUCUCAUCAUGUUGUUGUGAUGGUAGAUGUUUUCCGCACUGGGGUACAUGAAUACAUUGAAUCCGCUGAACGUCGACAUGGAAUACGACUUGCCCAUGGCGGACGCAGACAACCGCUUGCUGGUGAGGACGCUUGUGGACAUGAUAUCCAACGACCCGCUCGACUUGAUCAAGUUGGACGACCAGAGCAUCAAGGAAGGCCUGAGCAUCUACUCGAUGUUUUCUAUAGCGAGCAUUCCCACCAGCGGCCGCCUCGGACUGCGCUACAUCACUCGGCCCAACAAGUUUUCAAGGGAACUCAUCGAAUCACGACAGUCCACCUUCCACGCGUUCCUCUUUGCCGGUCGACUUCACGAAAAGUAUCGCGGCGUGGAUCAUGCCGAGGAAGGAGCAGGGGCGUCAUAAACACAUGUGAAUAUGGAACGGCGAUAUCGGUUGUAUUGUCGUGAUUAUGCUUUGACUUCGUCUUCAUCGUCCUCGGUGGAUGGCGGCGCCGAUGCGGCGAGGUUGUGCUGGUAGAUGUUGCUUCGUUCAUGUAGCACGAGUUUGAUGCGCGCCAUGGACUUGCGCACCUUGGACUUUCGGAACGGGUUCGGGAACACCAUGUUCUUCGUGUGGCAUUCGGCUUGUUCGGUCAAGAGCGCGUUGCGUUCCUUGAGCAGGACGUACCAGAGUUUGUGUAGAUCGUCCGUGGACUUGUUGCGCAACAUCCACGCCUUCCAGUCGCCACCCACAACGGGAGGGCCGCGCUUGACCUUUUUGCCAUCGACAACGCCGCUGGUGGGGAAAAAUUGGUCGAUGGUGCCGGUUAGGGCCGCCUUCGUCGCGGUCGCAGCUCCCGACGCCGAGGGUUUCGCGAAGAGCGUCGCCGAGGACGAGAUAGAGCGGGCGGUGAACGCGCUCGUCUGGACUUGGAGGACGCGGCGCAGCAUGGGUGGAAUUGCGUGAAAACCAAG